AUGUCAACAAUUGGAAGCUUUGAAGGAUUUCAGCCUGUGUCUCUGAAGCAAGAGGGAGAUGACCAACCCUCUGAGACUGAGUGCCUGUCAUUGGAGGAGGGGGACUCCGACAAGGACCCAGUGCCAAGGCAGAUUUCAAGGCAGUCAAGCACGACUAAGUCAACACUUUUCCCCAAUCCUUAUCAGCAGCCCUACGUUUCACGGAAAUACUUUGCUACAAGGCCAGGGGCCAUUGAGAUGGCUGUGGAAGACUUGAAAGGCCACAUAACACAGACUUCCGGAGAGACCAUUCAAGGCUUCUGGCUCCUGACAGAGAUAGACCACUGGAACAAUGAGAAGGAGAAGGUCCUGCUGCUCACAGACAAGACCCUCCUGAUCUGCAAAUACGAUUUCAUCAUGCUAAGCUGUGUGCAAGUACAGCACGUUCCUCUGAGUGCUGUCUGUCGUGUCUGCCUGGGCACAUUUGCCUUCCCACGGAUGUCUUUUGACAAGAGACCAGGAGAAGGUCUUAGGAUCUACUGGGGGAGUGCGGAGGAGCAGUCCCUACUGUCUCGCUGGAACCCAUGGUCCACUGUCGUUCCAUAUGCUACUUUUACUGAGCACCCUAUGCAACACACCAGUGAGAAGUUCCUUGAAAUUUGCAAGUUGUCUGGGUUCACAUCCAAGCUUGUUCCAGCUAUCCGGAAUGCCCACAAGAAUUCCACUGGAUCUAGAAGAGGAACUGAAUUGAUGGUGUUAACCCAACCCAUUCUGAUAGAGACCUACACUGGGCUCAUGUCAUUUAUUGGAAACCGCAACAAACUCGGCUAUUCCCUUGCCCGUGGGAGCAUUGGCUUUUGA